AUGACUAGCUGGACCAGAGCCUUCCAUCCUUAUCCGACACCUCCACGAUCUCCUCCAAAUGGCUUGCUCGAAGCAGCAGGCGAGUCUCCGAUAACUGUGAUCGCGUCGUCUCGAGCCAUCCGAUCCGGACGACUUACCGCGGCCACUAUUGUGAUAUCCAAUGUCACAGGCAAAAUCACUGCAACCUUUGAUUCGAUCGUUCCUGCAUCCGAUUUCCCUCCCAAUACACCUUAUACCGACUACUCGCCGCAUAUACUUCUGCCGGGCUUGAUCGACGCCCAUGUCCAUCUCAAUGAACCUGGCCGCACAGAAUGGGAGGGCUUCUACACAGGGACGCAGGCUGCUGCGUUUGGUGGAGUGACCACUGUCGUGGACAUGCCAUUGAAUGCAGUACCACCCACAACCACCGUGGUGGGGCUGCAAGAGAAGAUCAAAGCAGCGCAAGGCCAAUGCUGGGUUGAUGUUGGCUUCUACGGAGGCAUCAUCCCUGGCAACGAGGGAGAACUCAAGGCUCUAGUCCGAGAAGGAGUGAGGGGCUUCAAGGGAUUUCUCAUUGACAGCGGGGUGGAAGAGUUUCCUGCCGUAUCAUCCACCGACAUCGAGAAGGUCUUUGCUGAAUUGGCAGAUGAACCUACCACUGUCAUGUUCCAUGCAGAGAUGAUACCGCCCAUUGCGGACUCGGUCGGAGAUGACGUCCAGAUAUCGUUACCUCCCUUGCAGCCACACGGCCCCCUGGACGCGUAUAGUACUUUCCUCGAGUCGCGGCCACCCUCCUUUGAGACCUAUGCUAUCGAGGAAAUUCUCUCCUUGGCUCACAUUGCGCCAAAUCUACCUUUGCAUAUCGUCCACCUGUCAGCCAUGGAAGCGAUUCCCUUGUUGAGGAAGGCACGUGCGCAGGGGAUUAACAUCACAGCCGAAACCUGCCCGCACUAUUUGUCCCUGGCUGCGGAACAGGUUGCUCUGGGCGACACAAGGCACAAAUGCUGCCCACCUAUCCGAACCCAGUUGAACCAAGAUCGUCUUUGGGAAGAGUUAACGCAGCAUGCCGAGGAGGGGGUCAUCAAGACGGUAGUGUCCGAUCAUUCUCCCUGCACGCCUGAUCUAAAGAUUCUCCCUUCACACAUUCCGGGACAUAUCUGUCAACCCAAGGACAAGGUCAAAGCCUUACAAUUAGAGACUGACAGAGGCGACUUUUUCUCCGCAUGGGGAGGCAUCUCGUCGGUUGGGCUAGGGCUCCCCAUCCUGUGGACAGAAAUGACCCGCCGCGGUUUGACCGGUCCAGACUCGGCCAUCACUGACGUGGUAACAUGGUGCUGCACCAACACUGCUGCACAAGUAGGCCUGGAAAAGCAAAAGGGCGACCUUGCCGUUGGCUUUGACGCCGAUAUCUGUAUUUUUGACGACACGAAGGAGUGGAUCGUAGAGCCAAGCACGAUGCUCUUCCGGAACAAGUGCUCACCGUAUCAAGGCAAAACCAUGAUCGGACAAGUCAAAGAGACGUGGCUGAGGGGACGGCAGGUGUUUGUAAGGGACGGAAUGAACAAUGGGUUCGUUGGGAAGGAAUGCGAGGGGCAGUUGUUGCUGGAACCAAGAAUCAAGGAAUUGAAGAAGGUCAAGAGUUGGUUCAGGAGGUGGAUUUACGACUUUGAAGGUUGA